UUGUCAGAAGCAUAAUAAGUAGGGUAUCUCUUAUAUCAAUUUUUUUUUUCAUUCAAAUAAUUGUGUUUACACGCGUAUCGACGUUUACAGUUCACUCGAACAUCACAAUGACAGUGUUAGCAGUAUUUAAGCACAUAGUUGCUGACAGCAAUACGUUUUUAUGGCCUACGUUGAUUUUAUUAAUAUUAUUUAUUUUUUAUUGUCUGAAAGAAGAAGCGCAUGCGACCGAACGCCGAAUUCAGAUAUCAAAAUUACCUACUGUAACAAAAACUCACUGGGACAAUCUAGUAAUAUCGUUAAAAUUGUCUCGAGUACAUCCACGAGACAUGGUGGAUUUUUUCUCGGAUCUGUUCAAAAAUAAUGGCCCGUUGGUGCACAUUAAACUCAUGUUGAGGGACUAUGUUAUUAUUAACGACCCGGAUUAUAUUAUGGCGUUAUUGUCCAACCCAAAACAUAUUACUAAAGGACCAGACUACAGGAUGCUUGAACCGUGGUUAAAUAAAGGGCUGUUGACUAGCACAGGUGAAAAGUGGCAUUCACGAAGAAAACUAUUGACCAAUACAUUUCAUUUCAAAAUAUUAGAAACAUACAUACCAGCUUUAAACAAACACUCGCGGGCUUUAGUGAAAAACCUUACUAAAGCGUCAGAAAAUGAUGAACUUAUAAGAGAUGUUGGAUCACACGUGACAUUAUGCGCAUUAGAUAUUGUCUGUGAAACUAUAAUGGGAGUAAACAUAAAAUCACAGGAGGGUAAAUCAUCCGACUACGUCAACGCAAUAAAAACCGUCAGUAAUAUACUGAUAAACCGUAUAAUUACAUUUUGGUUGUGGAAUGAAACUAUUUUCAACAUCAGUAUAAAUGGUAGAGCAUUUUACAAAUCAUUAAAAAUACUACACGACUUCACUGAGAACGUGAUAAGAGAAAGAAGACAAAAUCUAAAAUCAGAAAAAAACCCAACAUCAGAAAAAAACGAUAGAAAAAGAAUUUACUCAUUUUUAGACCUCUUAAUUGGCAUAUCUAAAGAAAACCCAAGCAUGAUGACAGAUUUAGAUAUCAGAGAAGAAGUAGACACUUUUCUAUUUGAGGGACAUGAUACAUCAUCCAUUGCAAUGACGAUGGCAUUGCUUCAUAUCGGCAUGAACCAAAAUAUACAACAUAAUAUUCGAGAUGAGCUAAAUGAAAUAUUCGGCGACAGCGACCGAGACGCUACUUUAGACGAUCUUAAUGCAAUGUCGUAUUUAGGAAGAGUAUUAAAAGAAACAAUGAGACUUUAUCCUAGUGUAACUGGUAUGUCAAGAGAACUGAAUCAACCCCUUCAACUCAAAAACUAUAUAAUUCCUCCUGGCUUUAUUAUUGGAUUCUCACCUCAUAUAUUACACCGUAACGAAUCAAUUUAUCCAGACCCAGAAGUAUUCAAUCCCGACAGAUUUUUGCCAGAACAAUGCAUUGGCCGUCACCCAUAUAGCUACAUACCAUUUAGCGCAGGACCCAGAAACUGUAUAGGUCAGAAAUUUGCAAUGUAUCAAAUGAAAACGGUAAUAUCUACAAUUCUUAGAUACAUGAAAUUAGAAACACUUGGUACACAAAAAGAUAUUGUUAUUAGUACUCAGCUGAUCAUGAGAGCCGAUUCUAUACCGAGUAUGAAAAUAACACCACUUUAUAAUAAUAAUAAUUGUUUAGCUUAAUAUACUACUCUUGCUUGGCUGUUGACAUUUAAGUAAUAAUAAAUGUGUAAAAUACUUCAA